AUGUUUUGCGGUCCCCCAUUUCCUUGUAGUUAUUUCUCUAGUUGCGCGUCUUUGCCUCAGGUCUUCGCACCGCUGCGGGGAUCAGUUGCGGAAGAGACUGAGGACCCGGAUGCCGUUGCUGAGCAGAUCCGGGGAAGCCCCGACUUUGCCUGCCCUUUGUCGCGCCGCCUGAAGGACGUUGUGUUUGUGAAAGAGCUGCGAGAUGCCAUGGCCUCCGGGGAGUUUGCCGUGAGCCUCUCGGGCGCCCAGCAGCUGGCGCUAAUUGACUAUCAGAACCUGUGCAACAAGUUGCAGAACUUUGCCUGCAAGCUCGAGCAAGAUGAGAUAGAGACGGAUGUGCUCAGUCCGUUGGAGCGGGCAAAGAACCUAGCACAGCUGUCCAAGAUUUGCGAGCAGCUCGAGGAAUACAUCCUGAAGCUGGCUGGAACAGAUUGGCAGUCCAAGCAGGUCCUUGCCCUUCCACCCCCCCCUCUCGCCUCAACAAAUAGGCAUCCCGGAACAGUGUUUAAGGUCCGCGACGAUCAGACAGUCGACUUAGAUGGAGCUUUCAGCGACCCCGGAAAAGCAGCGCGCUUUUCUCGCGAUCUCUGGGAGCGCCUGAGCCCUGGACGGCAAGCUUCGUCGGGGGUUCGCUUAAACGAGAGAAGCCAAGCCGAACCUGUCAAGUCGCCCAAUUGCAAAGAGACGCAGGAGAGGGCGCAAGAGGCGGUGGCAGCGCGGAAGCGCUUCCUCGCCAAGGCAGCCGAUCGGCUUGGCCCGACUCGGGCGAAGGAAGGGGAGGCCGCGCCGGGUGCCGAUGAGUUGCGCGAGCUACGAUCCGAGCUGCGAGGCUACGAGGAGGAAGUCCGCACCAGGCGGAGCGAGGUAUCGGUAAGAAACAUUGAGUGGCUUCUUCAGCGAUGCGCUGAUGAGCUGGAGAGGGACCUACUCGGCACGAACAUGUCUGAAUGGGCAGUAGCCGGACCUCAGCUCAAGCUCUUGGUCGCUGAGUUCUCGCUGUUGGAAAAGCAGGUGACCUCCUACCAGACCGCUUCCCCAGAACAUGUGGAAGAGCUUUCGGUCCUUGAGGGUGACGUCACCGAGCUCGCCGAAAGAUUAGGUCUUAAAGGUGAAGAACGAGAGGCUCGAGACUUCCUGUCCUCUUCGCGCAGGUUGCUGGCACAAGCACGAAGAGCCUUCGAUCGGGCGAGGUCCGGAUUAGAGGAUUUCUACCUCACGGGAGGCCAGCUGCUGUGGCAGGACCUGCAGUAUGCCUCCAGUCUCCUGGGCAAGGCGUUCUUCUCGAACUACACGCUCAGAGCCCUGGAGGUCCGCACAUUGCAGAGGACUGUGAAGGAUGUCCUGACCCUGAUUCCCUUCCUGAUCAUCCUCAUCAUCCCGCUGUCGCCCGUUGGGCACGUGCUGGUGUUCUCUUUCAUCCAGAAGAACUUUCCGGAGUUCUUCCCUUCAGCAUUCACGGAGCAUCGCCAGAACGCCAUCAAGAUCUACCGGGACAUUGUGCAGCUCGGUCGCAAAGUGUAUGAGGGGUUUCCUGCUUACUAA